UAUCUCUUUACCAUCAACAAUUUACUAAAUAUGAGUGUUCAAUAUUACAAUUACACUAAAGGAAAAACUGUAUUAUCUCUCAAGAUUCCUCAAGCAGUGCUUGAUAAUGAAAAUCGUGCUCUUUCACUCUUCAUAUGCCUGGAUAUUUCAGGUUCUAUGUCAGGUUCGCCAAUACGUCAAGCAAAAGAUGCUAUUUUACAGAUUAUGGGAGGAUUAAUAGAAAGAAAGGUUCUUGCUGAAAAAGAUAUUACAUGUUUCUUUUUUCAGUCAUUUUGUCAAGAGAUUAGAUUCAGAGAUCAUCCGGGCAUGCUUUGGGCAAAUGGCGGAAUAAAAAGAUACUUUGAGGAUGUACGCUCUGGUGGAGGUACAAGUUUCUCAGCCGCUUUCAGUUCAAUCAUCGAAAAUCUUGAUAGAAUUAAUACCGAUUUGGCCAUUAUCUUUUUUACUGAUGGUCAAGAUACAGAUACAAGAAAUAACCUUGAAUAUGCAAAGACCGGGUUGAAAACUGCUUUAAAGGAAGCUUCAUAUUCUACCGAAGUUCAUUCCAUUGGAUUCACAAAUGAACAUGAUGCAAAGCUUCUUUCAUGGUUAACAAAAUGUGGUAGGAAGGAAGGUAACUUUCUGUAUAUUAGAUCUUCUGAUGAGAUUGUAGAUAAAAUGAAGACAACACUACAGUUGUUGGAAUCAAGUUAUAAAACUUUGUAUGUUAAAAUUGGUGAUGAAACCCCACAGCCUGCAAAUUUUGAUGAUGAAGGUGUUGCAGUGCUUAUUCUCAACGAUGAUGCUUCCAAUGUGGAGAAUAAGGAAGUCAAAAUCUUGAAAGAUUUAAAAGAAGGCAAAGAGGAUUACAUAUUCGAAUCAUUACCAAGUCAAAUUCCUGCCAGUGAUCCGAUGUCAAUACAAUUAAUAAUUUUCCUUGUUCAACGUGAAAUAAUACGUUUAACGAAUGAAAUAUCCAAUUAUGAAGAGGAUGAUGCUAGUAAAAGUGAGAGAUUCAAUCAAAUUUUGGUCGAGGUAAAUGCAUAUGAAGAACAAUUAAAUACUAUUGCCUCAAAAAAAUCGAGUAUAAGUAGUGUUAUUAUUCAACAAUGUUUGGAUAUCAAAUCUACAGUUCUCAAGUUUAAGGAUGUCUUAUCUGAAGGAUUAUUUGGUACUUUAACAAAUGAAAAAAUAGCCAUAAUUAAUGAUUUGGCAUACCGUAAUAUUGUUCGACAAAAAAUAACUAAAAGGAAAUUAAUAUCAAAUCGAUUUUGUGAAAAACUUUGUCAAGACUUUGCUACUUUCUAUGAACAAAAAAAAUUUUGUGAUGUGACCAUCGAUGUCGGAUCAUGUCCAAAUAAGAAAUUUGAAGCACAUGCAUCUAUUCUUUAUGCACGUUCUACUUUUUUUCGUAAAAUCUUGGAUAAAGGAAUACUCCACGUAAUUGAGAUUUCUGGUAUUUCAUCAAAGACAUUUGAGGUUUUGCUCAAAUAUAUUUACAGUGGUUAUAUCUCCAUGGAUAAUGAACCUUCGGAAAUUUUUGAUCUUCUUCUUGCAGCCAUAAAAUUUGACUUUGAAGAAGUUGUUAGCUAUUUAGAAUCGCAACUAAUAAAACAACAUCGUAAGUGGUUACAUGAAAACUUUGAAUUGGUACAUCAUACAAGUCAACAACAUGGAAUUUUAGUGGAUUUUUGCACCAAUGCUACCAUGAAUAUGUUGGAAAAGUUUUUAUCAGAUGAUUUUUGUGAAAUCAAAGAAGCAGUUUUGAUAGAACUACUUAAGAGUCACAAACUCAAGUUAGAUGAAAUUGAGAUUUGGAAUAGGAUUCUCAAAUGGGGAUUGGCCAAACAUCCUUCAUUAAAUCCAGAUCCUAAAGUUUGGUCCCCUAAAGAAGUUGAAGCAUUUUCCAUGACUCUUAAGAAUAUACUUCCGUUGAUCCAGUUUUUCCAAUUUUCUUCUGAUCAGUUUACUAAAAGUGUACGACCAUACAGGAAGAUUCUUUCGGAAGAUCUAUAUGAGGAACUAAUUAGUUAUUACAUGAUUCCUGGAUAUAAACCAAUGAAAUUCUAGAAAAUUAUUUUCAUUAUUAGAAGUAUAAAAAAAUUUCUUUUGCACAUAAAAUUAAAAUUAUCUACAGAUUUUUGUAUGGUAAUUUAAAAUCUUAAAAAUUCUUACAAUUUCAUUUUAUUUUGGUUUUAUAAAUUACAUAUUCAUCAUUACAUAUUACUGAUAUUAGUUUAAAAUAAACAUUAAACAUAUCCUUCAUUGAUA